UUUUCCAGGCAAGAGUACUGGAGUGGGGUGCCAUUGCCAGGAGGUAGAGAUCAAGUAGAUUUAAGGAUUCUCUUGUCUUCCUGCAGUUGAGACAUAGCACUGGAAGGGCUGAAUCAUUUUUGUUACUCUGUAGGUUUAUAAGGGUGGGGAAACCUUGGCAGGGAGUGAUGAGAUAUUAUUUUCUCCUUGUGGCAUACACUCCUGUUCUCUAUAGAUGAUUUAGACCCUAACUUGGUUAGAAGUGGGGAUAAAUCCUUCUUUCACCCACCAUAAGGAGAGGAAGAUCAGGGAAACACAAAACACUCCAAGAGCUCUAUUCAGAGAAAAUUCUCUCUACAAAUACAGAUCACGCUCUUGCCAUCUCUAAUGUAUGAACAACAGGUGAGAGCUGGACUUGCUUUGGCCAAAUCUUGCCUUAACGAAUCUACUAUCUCCUCAUUAAAAUACUGAAGUGCUCAUCACUUAUUGUGCUCAACUGAGACAAUAGACAAAAAUGUCAUUUAACAUUCCAUCACAUCAGAAAGAGAAAGGAUAUAGUGAAGUCCCUAAGAAUGCAGGCACAUUGCAUUUUCUGGACCUAAGAGAGAAAAGAAUACUUCUGGUUGUAACCCGGAUGAACUUGUGGUACCUUUAGCCAGCAUCAGAAUGCUAUCAUGCUCAAAAGACACCUUGGUCUGACAUCUGGCUUUGAAAAGAAAUGUAAAUCCUUCCUCAAAGAAGUUUCAGAUGAGGAAGAGAUAAUGAUAAAUAAUAAACAACCCAACUUCUAGCCAUUUUAACCUUCUAUAUUGCCAGAUUUUAGUGGCAACUGUUCAAAAAUCUCCCUUUAUGUCAUGCUCUUCUCCAUCCAUUCUAUUCUUCCAAGAAUAGCUCCAUACUCUAACACAGUUUAGCCUUUUUAGUUCUCCAGUUACUCACUCAAACUUUAUCCCUGUUAGCUAAACAAAAGUCCUGAUAAUUGAGUGAGUAUAUACAGAAACAUUUUAAGAAGGUGAGGGAGGGUGAGUGGAUUAAAAAAGCUAUGAAUGCUAAUACAUUAAUAGUUUUGCUCCUGACACCUUGAUAAACAUAAUCUAAUUCUGCUUUCUUUUUUCUUUUUUCUGGUUUAGUCGGGACUGGUGAAACUAGCCUACCACACGUACACUUCAUUCAAGAAAAAACCACUUCAUUUGAAAGAGAUAAAACUAGUUUUCCUGUGGUUCCAAGGGAUCGAGCACAAACCCCUGUCAGUAUUCAAAACCUCUUCCUUGAUCAUCAUGUACAACGAAGAGUGAUGACUAUUUCAACAAAUAGAAAAUCUUCUAAGCAAGUCUAUUGGCACAUUCCAGAGACUGCUACUGGUUCCAUAUUUUUCCCCAGGUGUCGUUCAGCUUCAGCUCGGGUUUUUGGGAAAGAAAUAAGCAAAAUGGAAGGUCCAGAGAAAUCAGAAGGGCCAUUAAAAAUACAAAACAUUUACGCCAGCAUUUUAAAAGACAUUCUGAUUCUCUCUUCCGAGUUCUCCAGAGUUCCAAGUGCCACUCCUUCAGUGCCUAGUCCCAAGCUCAAGGAGGUUCACUCUGACCACUUUUUACAAGAGAGCAACAUCUAUACUUUUAAGCAGCCCCUGUUUCGUUUAAGCGCAACAGUGCCGAUCCCUAUACCGAGGGCGCCUGUGAAAGCCCGUCAGUGGUCUGACCGUGUACGCAGCCGAACGGUGACACUCAAUAUUACUGAUUUCCCAGGUCCCAUGCUCCUACCGUCACCAGUUUUACCGAGGAAACCUCUAAGACAGUCUGUGAUAGAAAGCCGUGUAACAGAACAUGAACAUACAGAAACUGUCCCAAAGCAAAGCAUGCUGAGCCUACCUGAAGGUAGCAUUAAAUCUAAAAAAAUAGAACCUACAGUGGCACCUGUCAUACAAGGUGAAGGUUUCAAGACUGUUGUGGCAACAUGCUAUGAAACAAUAGUAGCCAUGACCAACCUGGCCAUACUAAACUGUCAAAUCCAUGGAAGAAAUGCACUUAAUCUUAAGGGCUUUUUUCUCCUAAAUUGUCCAGAUCUAACACCUUUGGCUUUCCAAUUGAUAUAUCUUAAUUUAUCAUAUAAUAAUAUCUGUUACUUCCCCACAGAAAUAUAUUGUCUUAAACAUUUACAAAUACUGAAUCUGAGAAAUAAUCCUAUCAAAGAAAUCCCGUCUACAAUUCAACAACUUAAACUCCUUAAAUCUUUGAAUGUUGCUUUUAAUUUGAUUACCACUCUUCCACCCGGGUAAGGUUGAUAGUCUGAGAUUAUAAACAGAGAAAAUAAAGAAUUUAUAAUUUAGAAAAGGAUCAAUCUCCCUUUUGAAAGCAGCUAGCUACUUUUGAGCCAUUUGAUAAUUCUUCUUCUGCUCCCAUUAGCUGACUUGAUUCUUUUUAUCUUGUUAAAAAAAAAAACAAAAACCUAUAAGCUACAUUGAUGGCAAUUAAUGUGGGGGUGGUAAAUGCACAUCUAGACAUGCAUUGUCUGAGUAUGGAUGAAGUUAUUUAAAGAAGCUCAGGUGAGAACUUUAUACCUAUCCCUGGAGAGCCUCUUUGGAUAUGGAAAGAACUCUGAACUUGGAAUUAAG